AUUUACAAAAUACUACUCGCAUCACAGGAUGUGCAUGGUUGUCUAUAAAAGUGGUGAUAAAGAUUACCGAUUGUUUGGAGUUACAUGUAUUUUUAGGACAAAGUUGAGUUUGUCGAAUAUUCCGAGUUUAUUCUUUCGAACAAACGAUUCAUUUUACUCCAGAAUAGGAAUUCUGUCAAAAUGAUUGUUCAUUUUUAUCGACAACUUAAAAGUUUAAUUCUAGCAAUGACAUUUGUUGUGACAACGUACAAAACAGGAACUUGUGGAAAUGGAAUGGACUUGUUUGAGGAAACUACAUUUUUAGAUUGCAGUUUUUCAGACUACUGUCAAAGGUCUUAUGUCAGAGAAAAUGUUAGAAAAUACUGCAGUGAGGAAAAUCUUACUUAUAUUGAAAGAUGUUGUUUUAAUAAAACAUCUAUGGCUAAUGUGCUUGUUGGACUUGAUUUGUCGAACUGUACGCUAAUGAAUGUAAGUGACUUGUUCAAGAAUACCACCAAUCUUGUUAUCUUAGAUUUGGAAGACAAUCCUCUCCUCAAUUACACUAAAGCAGAUUUUUUGGGUCUUACUCAUUUGGAAUAUCUUUAUUUACCAGAAAAUAAAACAUGUCCAGGAGGUGAGGCAGCAUGGAGUAGUAGUGGAACUGAGUGUAGUGGCCAGUUAAACCCCUGCAAUUAUUUAAAUGUAUCCUGUACUGAAAAUGGUCAAUGUCACCACCUGGGACCAGGUAUAGCCAAAUGUGGUUGUCUACCAGGACAUUAUGGAUACAAGUGCCUUAGGCAGGGUACCUUUCCAACACUUACAUACUGCCUGGCUAUCUGUAUUCCAACUGUACUGUUUUCUGCAUUCUUUUGGUUUACUCAGAGAAGGCAUGUUAAAACAGACUGAAGAAUGUUAUAGUUUGAAAUAGCAUUGAUGUAUAAUAAAAUUAUUAUAGAAUAACAUUAAAUGUACAGUAAUUUCUGAAUUUCAUGUUAAAUCAAGGGUUUUAAUUAAUUUGGCAGUUUCAGGAUUUUACUGAUAAAUAUAGAUUCUCAAAAUUAAAGAAAAUUAAAUCUAGCCUUAAACAAAUACUCAGCCACUGUUGAUGUGUUAGUGUAUUUUUCAUUAUCAUACCAUAAAUAUAUUUAUGUGAAAUACAAGUUUGAUAAUACUGUUAUUUGUAAUUGGUAACCAACAACUACAAUAUGUUUUGGUUAACUAAAAGUUUAAAAUCCACGUUUAAUGCAAUGGUGUAUUUUAGUCAAUCUUUAUAUGACUUUAAAAAUUAGAUUGGUUUCACCACCUUGUCUCGUGCAUACUCUGUAAAGAAACUACUACUUUAAAUUUUGGACACUAUUAAAGCAGUAGUGAUAAACUUCUGAAAAUUUUUAUGUAUCACUGAAUCAACAUACCUAAAAUUUAUGUUACUACCUACCUAAUCUGCAGUGCUCUUUGUCAAGUUAUUUUCAGCAUGACAGGAUACUAUGGAGAAGUUUGGGUAUAAUGCGAUAUAUAUAAUUUUUUUUUUUUUUUACAUGAGUGAAGUUAUACUGAUAAAAGAAGAAUCCGAUACCUUAAAUGUUAAUGUUUAAACAUGUGAAAGUUGUUAUAAUAAACCUUUUAUAUUUCACACCUUUUAAAUUCUGUAACUAAACAUAUAAAAAAAAAAUUUUCAGUGUUAGUUCAUGGAUUAUUCUACUCAAAUAUUUUUACAAUACCUUUUAUCUUUACAUUAAAAAUAUAAAUACACAUUCUGUUCUUACUCUGUCCAAAUUUGGGUAUACUGGUCUGAUCUAGAUUAAGUAGUCAUGCCCCAAGGUUACAGAAAGUAAGUAGUAAUUAUAGAGAGAUUCAGUUACAGCCACUAGGUUGUGACAGAACUAUCUUGUAACUUUGUGGGCAUGUUUUUGAACUUUUGUCAGCACAUGUGAAAUAAAAGUGUACUGUAUUAACUACAUCGGUUUGUUUUAAAGUUUAUGAGCAAGCUAAUAAACAAAGGUUGUUUUAAGGUUUAAGUUAUUAGAGGUUAGCAGUUAUAACAAGGAGUAUUUGUUUCAUUUAAUGAAAUUUUGAAGGCUCUGUGGUAGAACAUUUAUAUAGCAAUUAUAUUAAAUGAAAAAGUAAAAUGAUUUCCUGUUACAAAGAGCUUGUCUUAACUCAACAGAGCACUACAAGCUGCUUCACAAGUAGCUUGCUUUGCAAACCAUAUAAAGAGUAAUUGUUCUCUGAAAUUUGAUAUCUGCAACCAACAUACAAGGGGGCAUCUCAGAAUUUAGCAUUUUCAUUUUGUUUUUCCAUUUCAAGUUAAAGUAUAUUAGCAGUUGGGAUAUUAAAUGUUAUUUCAAGCUCUUAUUGACAAUUUUGUGCUACUGGUUCUAAAAGAAUUGAUAAAUAUUUACAGUUUGGUAUUGCAAUUUUUUGAUAAUCAUGGUAUGCAAGUUAUAUAUCACUGUAAUAACAUGUUAAAUAAUAAACAGUUAUAGUACACAA